AUGGUUGGACUGAAGCCCUCAGAAGUGCCUCCCACAACGGUUGUGAAGUGCCUGGGGGCGGGAACUGCGGCCUGUAUUGCUGACCUCCUCACCUUUCCCCUGGACACCGCCAAAGUCCGCCUGCAGAUCCAGGGGGAGAACCCCGCGGCCCAGAGCGUGCGGUACCGCGGCGUGCUAGGCACCGUCCUGACCAUGGUGCGCACCGAGGGACCCCGCAGCCUCUACAACGGGCUGGUGGCCGGCCUGCAGCGCCAGAUGAGCUUCGCCUCCAUCCGCAUCGGCCUUUACGACUCGGUCAAGCAGUUCUACACGCCCCAGGAGGCGGACCACUCCAGCAUCACUAUUCGGAUCCUGGCGGGCUGCACCACGGGGGCCAUGGCGGUCACCUGUGCCCAACCCACCGACGUGGUGAAGGUCCGAUUUCAGGCCAGCGUUCGCCUGGGGCCCGGGAGCGACAGGAAAUACAGCGGGACUAUGGACGCCUACAGAACCAUCGCCAGGGAAGAAGGGAUCCGGGGCCUGUGGAAAGGGAUUUUGCCCAACAUCACGAGGAAUGCCAUUGUCAACUGUGCUGAGAUGGUGACCUACGACAUUAUCAAAGAGAAGCUGUUGGAGUCUCGCCUGCUCACUGACAACUUCCCCUGCCACUUUGUCUCUGCCUUUGGAGCCGGCUUCUGCGCCACAGUGGUGGCCUCCCCAGUGGAUGUGGUGAAGACCCGGUACAUGAAUGCCCCCCCAGGCCGAUACCGUAGUCCCCUGCACUGUAUGCUCAAAAUGAUGGCCCAGGAGGGUCUCACCGCCUUCUACAAAGGGUUCACACCCUCCUUUUUGCGCUUGGGAGCCUGGAAUGUGAUGAUGUUUGUGACCUAUGAACAACUCAAGCGAGCCCUGAUGAAAGUCCAGAUGUUGCGGGAGUCUCCAUUUUGA